AUGUGGUACCUUAGUGAGGAAGAUCUGGACCCUUCUGCAGUACUUCCAGAGUUUUUCAAGAGAGAAAACGGGGACUUCCUGCAGCUCCCAGACAUGGACUGCGAGCAGCAGCCCCCCUUCCUGGUCCUGCUGGUGACGUCGUCGCCCCAUCAGACGUCUGAGCGCAGUGCCAUCCGGAGCACCUGGGGAAGAGACAGGACGGUUGGAGGAAAACGAAUAAAAACGUUCUUCCUCCUGGGAACCACGUCCAGCAGGGACAGGUCUCUGGCGGUGGCCCGGGAGAGCCAGCAGCAUCGCGACAUCAUCCAGAAGGACUUUGUGGACGUUUAUGUGAAUCUGACCCUGAAGACCAUGAUGGGAAUGGAGUGGGUCCACCGCUAUUGUCCUCAGGCCGCUUUCGUCAUGAAAACAGACUCUGAUGUGUUUAUCAACGUCUACUACCUGACGGAGCUGCUUCUGAAGAAGAACCAGCCCUCGGGGUUUUUCACUGGCUUCCUUUAUAAAAAUGCCUUGCCUGUCAGGAAAAGGUCCCAUAAAUGGUUUGUUAGCAAAUAUGAAUAUUUGUGGGGAACGUACCCGACCUACUGUGACGGCACUGGCUAUGUCUUCUCCAGCGACGUGGCCAGUCUGGUGUAUGAAGUUUCUGAACGUGUCCGUUAUAUUAAACUGGAAGAUGUCUUUGUGGGGCUCUGCCUCCAAGAGCUGGGGAUCAGACCUCAACGACUUCACAAUGUUCAGACCAUCUUUCCACAGGGCUUGCCCUUUUCCGUGUGUCGCUUCAAGAAGAUUGUGGCCAGCCAUCACACCAAUUCUCAAGAUAUGAGGGUCUAUUGGCACAGCCUGGAAAGUUCCCUGGGAGAGGAGUGUCCAGGUUAUUGA